AUGGCUACCGAUUCCGGCAUACCACUCAUAGUAGCCGGUGACUUUAACGCGCCUCACUCCACAUGGGGCUACGUUAGAGACUCACCGAAAGGGACCUCCAUAUGCAAAGCCAUACAGGACUUCAAUCUCAUGCUGCUCACGGACUGCGGUUUUCCCACUUGUUUAGGCAACUCGGUAACGCGACCCUCGACCCCAGAUCUCUCUCUGGUCGCCUAUGGCGGCAAGUCGUCAUGGCGCAACAUGGGUGAAGAUCUGGGGUCUGAUCACUUCAUCAUAGAAACGACACUGCAUGCUCAAUGCAAAACCAUCAGAAUUCAGCGUAUUAUUGAUUGGGAUCUCUUCAGAUCCAGCAGGAGGGACAAAGGCCCUCCUAAAGACUAUGAAGAUUGGAUAGAAACCCUCUUCAGUGACGUCGCUGCCUCCACUAAGGAGAUAGAGUUGGAAGAUGACUUCUUCCCAACCAUAGACAGCCACUUAGCGCACCUUUUUGAAGCUAAAAAGGCUCUCAAAGAACGGUGGCUAAAAAACAAACUUAACAGGUCACUAAGGAAACGAAUCGCCAAGAUCAAUGCAGAAAUUGCCUCGUACUCUAAUGUGUUAGAACAGAAACACUGGGUCGAAAUGUGCGACAAAGUGGACGGGCAGAUGAGGGUGGGCGGCAAGUGGAACUUGCUCAAACACCUUCUGAAACCCACCGACACUCGCGCCGCCCAGAGAUCGGCAAUCGAGAUACUUCUUCACCGAGCUCUUACUCUUCGUAGCAAAGAUUCUAUCAUGACAGAUCUCGCCAGAAUUCACCUGCCACCGGACACCACCUCGUCUACGCCGCCGCCCGGCUACGCCGGAAGCGAUUCCGACGAUUUGGACAAAGACAUAGCGGAAUGGGAAGUAAAGUCUGCGCUUCACAAACUCAACAGCACCUCGGCUCCGGGUGCUGACCGCGUCACGAACCGUGUGCUCAGGAACCUUGACGAUGACUCGGUCACUUUCCUGACCGAUCUAUUUAACAAACAUUGGAAGAAUGGAUCGUAUCCACAAGAUGGAAACAUGCCACCGUCAUACUGA